AUGGACCUGCAGCAGCUUUCUCUGGGACUGGACUAUGUGGCCAGCAAUGGCAUCGUGCUGAGCACGGAAAAGCGGGUGGCGCUGCAAACCUCGCUAGUGCUUCUCCAGCAUGCAGAGAAGCUGGAGCACAUGACCUACUGGGGCAAGAUUCAAGGCCUCACCGCCGACUACUAUAUUGCCCAGGGCUACAACCAGGAUCCCUUCCAGCGCAAGAACUUUAUGAGCUUGGACUGCAUCAAGUGGGCGCACGUCGCCGAUGUCCACCCUGUCCUGAUUGCGUCGGCACAAGGCCUGACAACUCGCUUCACAGGCAACCCAUCACACGAGUACACGGUGGCGAGCUUGCGUAAGGAGGAGACCAAGUCAGACAACACGGUCAUUGUGACCACUACGCUGAGCGAGGAGAAGCGUCUGGCCGCUGUCAUUCACUUGAUUGACCAGGCUGCUCGCGUUGUGCCGCGCGGCGCUUACCGCAAGACACCGGGCGACAAGAUUGAAAAAUCGCACACCUUUUCGGGCCUGUCGUUCCAAGACGCCGGCAAGAUUGACAACUACAUGCAUUGCCGUGAGCCCGAAACACUAAAAAUGAAGACCAACCUUCAGCUGGCCAAAUUGGACCCGGCCCUUGACUUUUUGGAUUCGUUGGCGGACGACAUUCCCAAGCGCUGCUGGAGCAUACAGUAUCAAAAGGGGGCCACCGUCGCCGUCCUUCGCAGCGUUGUUUGGCCUGGUGCCGUGUUUUAUCACGGCAUCUCAUCGCCCAUCUUCGGCCACGUCUAUGUCGGGACCGGUCUCAAGAACUUGGACCUGAUCUUUAUGAUUUCCUAA